AUGGACUCCGACAUGAAGAAAGACUACGACGACACGAUGAAAGUCGAUACGGCAGCCCCUGCCAACGCCGAUGAUGCGCGUCUCGCGCAGCUGGGCCAUACCCAGGAGCUCAACCGCCAGUUCUCGCUCCUUACGCUGGGUGCGCUUUGCAUCUGCUUGAUGGGCACUUGGGAGGCCUUGUCCAGUGUCAUUGCAACGGCGUUGUUGAGCGGCGGCGCGCCGUGCCUGUUCUAUAACCUUGUGCUUUCCAUCAUAUGCACUCUCUGCAUUGCCUGCUCGUUGGCAGAAAUCGCUUCCAUCUACCCAACUGCAGGAGGACAGUACCACUGGGUUGCAGCACUCUGUCCCGCAUCUUCCAGAUCCGCGGCUUCCUUCAUGACGGGCUGGAUCUCGGUUGGAGGCCAAGUCGUCUUGACCUCUUCCGCAGCAUUUGCUGCCGGUCUUCAGCUGCAGGCCCUAAUUACCCUCAACAACGAUUCAUACACUGCGGCAAGAUGGCAGGGCAUGCUGUUCUACUGGGCGAUUCUAGUUUACGCCAUGGCCAUUAAUAUCUGGGGAGCCAAGCUGCUACCCACUGCGAACCUCCUCUCAGGUGUCAUCCAUGUCGUCGGUUUUGUCGUAAUCCUUAUUGUCCUUGGAGUCCUGGCCCCGAAAAACACUGCGUCUUUCGUCUUUACUGAAUUCGUCAACUCAAGCGGCUGGGACAACGACGGAGUAUCAUGGCUGGUCGGACUCUUGAGCGCCGUGUAUCCCUUCCUUGGUUACGAUGCCGCCUGCCAUCUUGCCGAGGAGAUGCCAAAUGCCAGCCGAAACGUUCCCAUCGCUAUGAUUGGCAGUGUGGUUGCCAACGGAUUCAUGGGUCUCGUUUACGGAAUCAUGCUCCUCUUCUCCACCAGCUCCCUUGCAGCGCUCCUCGAGACGAAGACUGGAUUUCCAUUCAUGCAAAUCUACUACGACGUGACGAAAAGCAAGGCUGGGGCUUCGGUGAUGUCUCUCGUCAUCAGUGCAACUGCCACGGCUGCCACGGUAGCUGGCGUCACCUCGACAUCGAGAACUCUAUGGGCCUUUGCUCGAGAUCGAGCUACGCCGUACGACCAAUAUCUGAGCAAGGUCAACAAGAGCACGCAGAUCCCAGUGCGAUCUGUCGUACUAGUUACAGUGCUUCAAAUGCUGCUCGGGUUCAUCUACAUCGGAAACACAACCGCAUUCAACGCUAUUCUGUCCAUGUCAAUCAUCGGAAUGUACGCGAGCUAUAUGAUUCCCAUCAUUUACAUGCUCAUCUUUGGCCGAAAGGUCUUGUCUCCAUCAGAGUACGGUCCUUUUAAACUGGGCUCUGCGCUUGGCCCUAUCUUGAACGUCAUCAGCCUGGUAUGGAUUGUGGUGGUCAUCAUUUUCAGCACAUUUCCCAGUGCAAUGCCCGUCACGCCCCAAAACAUGAACUACUCGGUUGUCGUCAUCGCAGGGUGGCUCUUCUUUGGUAUCAUCUACUACGUUGGUUUUGCCAAGAAGAAGUUCGAAGUGCCGGUCGUCAGUUGCAAUGUUGUUACGGGGAUUCCAGUCGCAGAAAGCAGUUGCUGA